AUGACUACCGAAGAGGAGACAACUGAAUCAGGAACAACUGAAGAAUUCACUUCAGACAUUACUUCAACUGGGCCUUCAACAUCAGAUAUCACUACCAAUGGUAUGGCUACAGAGGAGGAGACAACUGAAUCGGCAACAACUGAAGAAUUCACCUCAGAUGUUACAUCAACUCUGCCGUCAAGAUCAGAUAUCACUACUAAUGGUCCGACUACCGAGGAGGAGACAACUGAAUUAGAUACAACUGAUAGAUUCACCUCAGAUGUUACAUCAACUCUGCCGUCAAGAUCAGAUAUCACUACUAAUGGUCCGACUACCGAGGAGGAGACAACUGAAUCGGGAACAACAGAAGAAUUCACCUCAGAUGUUACAUCAACUCUGCCGUCAACUUCAGAUAUCACUACUAAUAAUAUCACCACCAAUGAUAUGACUACCGAAGAGGAGACAACUGAAUCAGGAACAACUGAAGAAUUCACUUCAGACAUUACUUCAACUGGGCCUUCAACAUCAGAUAUCACUACCAAUGGUAUGGCUACAGAGGAGGAGACAACUGAAUCGGCAACAACUGAAGAAUUCACCUCAGAUGUUACAUCAACUCUGCCGUCAAGAUCAGAUAUCACUACUAAUGGUCCGACUACCGAGGAGGAGACAACUGAAUUAGAUACAACUGAUAGAUUCACCUCAGAUGUUACAUCAACUCUGCCGUCAAGAUCAGAUAUCACUACUAAUGGUCCGACUACCGAGGAGGAGACAACUGAAUCGGGAACAACAGAAGAAUUCACCUCAGAUGUUACAUCAACUCUGCCGUCAACUUCAGAUAUCACUACUAAUAAUAUCACCACCAAUGAUAUGACUACCGAAGAGGAGACAACUGAAUCAGGAACAACUGAAGAAUUCACUUCAGACAUUACUUCAACUGGGCCUUCAACAUCAGAUAUCACUACCAAUUGUAUGGCUACAGAGGAGGAGACAACUGAAUCGGCAACAACUGAAGAAUUCACCUCAGAUGUUACAUCAACUCUGCCGUCAAGAUCAGAUAUCACUACUAAUGGUCCGACUACCGAGGAGGAGACAACUGAAUUAGAUACAACUGAUAGAUUCACCUCAGAUGUUACAUCAACUCUGCCGUCAAGAUCAGAUAUCACUACUAAUGGUCCGACUACCGAGGAGGAGACAACUGAAUCGGGAACAACAGAAGAAUUCACCUCAGAUGUUACAUCAACUCUGCCGUCAACUUCAGAUAUCACUACUAAUAAUAUCACAACAAAUGGUAUGACUACGGAAGAGGAGACAACUGAAUUAGGAACAACUGAGGAAUAUACUUCAGAUGUUACAUCAACUGCUUCCUUAACAACAGAUAUCACCACCAAUGGUCUGACUACUGAGGAGGAGACAGCUGAAUUAGGAACAACUGAGGGAUUCACUUCAGACAUUACUCCAACUGGGCCGUCAACAUCAGAUAUCACUACCAAAGGUAUGACUACAGAGGAGGAGACAACUGAAUCGGCAACAACUGAAAAAUUCACCUCAGAUGUUACAUCAACUCAGCCGUCAAGAUCAGAUAUCACUACUAACGGUCCGACUACCGAGGAGGAGACAACUGAAUUAGAUACAACUGAUGGAUUCACCUCAGAUGUUACAUCAACUCUGCCGUCAAGAUCAGAUAUCACUACUAAUGGUCCGACUACCGAGGAGGAGACAACUGAAUCGGGAACAACAGAAGAAUUCACCUCAGAUGUUACAUCAACUCUGCCGUCAACUUCAGAUAUCAUUACUAAUAAUAUCACUACUAAUGGUCUGACUACCGAGGAGGAGACGACUGAGGGAUUAACCUCAUAUAUGACAUCUACCGCUCUACCAACAUCAGAUAUCACAACCAAUGAUAUGACUACAGAGGAGGAGACAACUGAAUUAGCAACAACUGAGGGAUUAACUUUAGAUGUGACAUCAACUGCUCCCUUAACAACAGAUAUCACCACCAAUGAUAUGACUACCGAAGAGGAGACAACUGAAUCAGGAACAACUGAAGAAUUCACUUCAGACAUUACUUCAACUGGGCCUUCAACAUCAGAUAUCACUACCAAUGGUAUGGCUACAGAGGAGGAGACAACUGAAUCGGCAACAACUGAAGAAUUCACCUCAGAUGUUACAUCAACUCUGCCGUUAAGAUCAGAUAUCACUACUAAUGGUCCGACUACCGAGGAGGAGACAAUUGAAUUAGAUACAACUGAUGGAUUCACCUCAGAUGUUACAUCAACUCUGCCGUCAAGAUCAGAUAUCACUACUAAUGGUCCGACUACCGAGGAGGAGACAACUGAAUCGGGAACAACAGAAGAAUUCACCUCAGAUGUUACAUCAACUCUGCCAUAUCACCACCAUUGGUAUGUCUACCGAGGAGGAGACAACUGA